GCCAACAUUAACAUUCGCAACUGACCGAAGGAAGAUUUCUUGAACAGAGCUGUAACGUUAUUUACCAUUUUAUUUAUGCUAAAGGGUAAAAUAUGUUUCUUGUAGUUUUAUUGUCUCUAAUUAUUAUUAAUACCACCAGGUAGUCACAGGGCGAGUAAACAGUGUUGAGAUGAAUUGACUGGUCUCAUACCUUGUUUACUUCAUGUCCAAGCAACAUUACAUGACAACGCUGGUGAAAAUGCCCCUCUUUGGGAAUACCUUCAGCCCGAAGAAGACUCCUCCUCGCAAAUCUGCUUCUCUUUCCAAUCUGCACACCUUGGACCGCUCAACGAGGGAAAUAGAACUUGGUCUUGAGUACGGAGCACCUGCAAUGACCAUUGGGGGCCAGAGCUUGAAGUUUGAAGAUGGACAGUGGAUUGCAGAGUCCGGGGGCAAUGUUUCGGGCAAAGACGUUCAGAGGCUAAAGAAGAGGAAUCUGCAACUGGAAGAGGAGAACAACCUUCUAAAGCUUAAAAUUGACCUCCUGCUGGACAUGUUGUCAGAAACAACAGCAGAAUCCCACCUGAUGGAGAAAGAACUGGAGGAAGUGAAGAAUCAUCAACGUAGGGCAAAAUGACCAUUCAGAACAAGAGAUACAUGGCAACAAACGAGGAAGCAGGGGAAAAGGGAUCCUAAAGCAAGAAGAAGAAGGCUGAUAACAUGACGAUGUUGGAAGAGUAAUUGUAGGGAGUAGGGAGCAAGUAUCAUCUGAUUGAUUCAUCUGUCAUCAUUGAUUGUAAGAGAUUUAGAUGAUGCAAUGGUGUCUAGGUAAUUCACCCUGUUGUUUGAGUGAGGUCUUUUAUAUUUAUAUUUUAUACUUUAUUAAAGAGGAGCUGGCUGUGA